AUGGAUCACAACCCAUGGUCACCCACAAGCCCUGGUAAACAUGGGUAUAUGCAAGUUGGGUUGGGACAAGACAAGGCGAGAUUCAAUACGCCGGAAAUCCGGCACAUAUUCGUUGGUAACGGCGGUCGCUUCAAGUAUAGUGGGAAGUACGAGGUUUCCCGGGUAGAACCCUUGUCGGUCGAUGAGUGGAAUACACUGCCAGACAAAGUCAGGCAUGAAUACUCGAAGACAACCUCCAUCAAGGAAAAACAUCAAAAUCACGGAAACGUAGCCGAGAUCUACAACAAGUACCAGGAUGGACAAUUGCUCGCUCCCUGCAUCCUUCUCAAAUGCAUCGAGUUUGAUCUAGAUUUCUUUGAUGACCUUAUAGCUACAGCUCGAGGUUUCACAUCUCUGACCAUGAAAGCAUCUGCUGUGCCAAAGAAGAGGAAGGAUGCCCCCAUCGCCGAUGCAGUAAGAGGUUCAUCCCAGAUCAAAAAGCCCAAGAUCAUUGUACCAGCACCAAGUACACGGAGAAAAUCGAGCCGUAUAUCCUCGACACAGCAGAUACCAACAGCCGGGCUCGUUGAUAAUGACAGUGAUGACCUUUCAUCAUUAUCAUCAUCUUCUGGCAUUGAGUCGGAAUAG